CUCCACCCCUUUCAUUCAGCCCGGACUGUAUAAGAUGAUCUCCCAUCUGAGUGGCCACAGGCUGCAGAGCACUGCCCGGCACACAGCGUCUUAGAGAACUGAGACAAGAUGAAGGUGACCGGGAGAGUUACGCCGCUGCUGCUACUUGUUUUGAUUUCACUAUUUGACCAGGGAUCAACAGGACCAGCGCUCGUCCAGCAGUACGCAGAGGAAGAUUACGAACCCAUCCAGCAGUACGCCAAUGAAGAUAUCGAUCCCGUCCAGCAGUCAGCAAAUGUAGAUAACGAACCGGCCCAGCAGUACGCAAGUGACGAUAGCGAUGACCUUCUUUAUCCGUAUGGACCGGCUCAGGGUGACAAUAAGACCCCAAUAGAAGAUGAUGGGACAUCAGGAGAAGUCCCCCUCUCUAUCACCUUUAAAUUCUUUGGGAAAGAAUACAAAUCUCUCUAUGUGAACAACAACGGGGUGAUUUCAUUCAACAGCGCAGUGUCGCAGUAUACACCUGAUCCUUUCCCACUUACAAAUGGUGAAACGUUCGUCACCCCUUUCUGGGGAGACGUGGAUAAUAAUCUGGGAGGUGUAGUGUACUAUAGGGAGACGACAGACCCCGCUAUACUGCAGAGGAUAACACGGGAUAUGGCGAAGCAUCUUCCACUCAAACAUUACGUAACGACGUGGGCUUUCAUCGCCACCUGGGACAAAGUAGCCUAUUAUGGUGCAGCAUCUACCAAGGUGAACACGUUCCAGGCUGUCCUUACCACAGACGGGUUCCAUUACUUUGCCAUCUUAAAUUAUGGUGACAUUCAGUGGACAACUGGGACUGCCAGCGAUGGUAACCCCGAGACCGGCUUGGGUGGCACCCCGGCUCAGGCUGGAUUUAACAGUGGAGAUGACACUCAUUACUUUAAUAUUCCUGGAUCCAGAACGGAUGAGGUGCUGAAAAUUAAGUCAACAACUAAUGUAGACUUCCCUGGACGAUGGGUUUUCGAAGUUGACGUCUUCAAGGUUCUCGGAGGUUGCAGUUUCCAAGCAAAAUUUGCCAAAGAAGGUGAAGAGUUUUGGAAAGAAUCUACCUGCAACACAAAGUGCGCCUGCCAUGAUGGCAGGGUGUGCUGCGAGGAUGAGCCGUGCCCCGAGAAUAGCACCUGCGAAGCCUCAGGAUCAUUCUUUACAUGCAAAAUCAAGCAAAAUGUCUGCUCGUGAGGCGAAGGCUGAGUCUCCAUAGAAUUUACUUACAUUUCUGUCUUGCCCAUUUCUUUCUUUUAUAGCACAAAAAAUAGACAACUUUGCUUAUUUAUACAGUAGUGCCAGUAUAAUACAUGCAUCGUAACCCAUAGCAACCAAAUGAUGUUAUCUUUCAGUGAUACAAUUGCAGUGCUCUAAUGAUAAACUCUGAUAUCCCGUUGCCAAAGGAUACAGCACAUGCUACACUCACUGUGAUAUAUGUUUAAUCAUAGUACAUUGUAUGUAAGAUGUGCUAUAAAAGAUGUGAAUAAACAUUAAAAAAGACUAAUAUAGAACAUACAUGUAACCACGCUUAUUCCAGAUAAUGUUCUCUGCAGCUGCAAUAAGAAUGCAACAAAAAUAAAUAAAUUAUUGAUUAUCGGA